CACUCACACCGCAAGUUUACCAUCAUGUGUCUGAAACUCUAGUUACAGAGGAAAUAUGGUGCAGGACGGCGAAGAUCUAAGCCAUGGACAAUCAAUCUGGGGACGCAAAUCUCUUCGCUCACUUGGCGUUUUUAUGGUUCUGCUGGUCCUGUGCCUGUGUUACUACAUCCUCCCCUAUGAAUUUUCAGAUGCCUGGACAUCGACAGUUAGAUUAUUUAUUAAAGACAACAAUGUUUCAUUGACUACACCAUCAGCAGUGACUACCCAAGAACCGUGGAAGCCUCCAGAACCCUAUUGUGUGGCUUACCCAGCAAAGUAUCAUUUCAUCGUGAAUGAACCAGAGAAGUGCCAGAAGGAAAACCCAUUUGUGGUGUUGUUAAUACCAGUCGCUCCCAGCAACAAGGCUGCACGGGAUGCCGUCCGUUCAACGUGGGGUACAGAGAGGUUAGUGGGGGACAAGGUGGUGACCUUAUUAUUCCUACUAGGUGUCUCCACUUCAGAAGAUAGCCAAAAGCUUCAUGAAGAUCUGUGGAAGGAAAGCGAGCAGUAUCAUGACAUUGUGCAAAGUGAUUUCUGGGACAGUUACUACAAUCUCACCAUUAAGACAAUGGUAAUGAUGGAAUGGCUGACUGCUUACUGCCAGAACGCCUCGUACGUAAUGAAGGUUGACUCUGAUAUUUUCCUCAAUGUGAAAAACCUAGUGAGCCUGCUUCAGUCAGCACCAAAGCAGAACUAUAUGAGUGGACUCGUGGCUAGAGGAGCGGUGGUAUUGAGAAACCCCGAUUCUAAAUGGUACCUUCCGAAAACAACAUACGCCCCAGAUUUUUAUCCCCCCUAUGCUCUGGGCUUAGGAUAUGUCUUCUCUAUAGACCUGUCACAGAAACUUGUUGAAGCUGCCCAACUUGUUAAACCGGUUUACAUAGAAGAUGUAUUCCUGGGGUUGUGCAUGCAGCAUUUAGGAAUUGGUCUAACCAAUCCACCCAAUGGAGGUCUUUUCAAUGUAUUCCCUGUGGACUACAACCGAUGUCACUAUUCAAAACUCAUUGCCACAACAACACGUAGCUUGAAUGACCAAGUUGAGUUUUGGAAAAAAUUACAGAAGCCUGGUCCAUACUGCUAACUACAAAAAGCGGUGUAAGGGUCAGAAGAUGUACAAUAACUACGACUGAGUCGUGUAAAGAAACAAAGGCAAAACAUGUAUUAAUGAAGUGUCUGCUAAGAUGGGGAACAGAUAAAUAAAUGUUUGAAGACCAAGUAAAAAGUAGAUAACUUGAACUUGACAAACAACAGUUACUUUUUCAGUGUUUCUCCCCUAUUUUUUCUGUGAUGUUAUAAAUGUGUUAGUUCAUGAUAAUGGAUGUUUUGUAUACUUUAUGCUUUAUGCAAUGUACUUUACGCAAAGAGGGAAUAGAUUAAGAAAUUUUUUAAACAAAAUUUAUUGAUAUGGUUUUGAAAUUAUCAGUAAUCCAAAGCUUUCAAUGACUGCAGUACCUCGAAAGUGACUUCAUUUCUAUUCGUUAGGCUAAUUAAUAAACCCCCAGUUAAUGCUAGUUGUUAAAUAACAUAUUUUCACAGACUUACACAUAUAGUAAAGUAGAUAUUACCACAUAAUGAAAGGCUUUUUUAUUUUAUUUUAUUUUGUUUAAUUUUAUUUUAGUUUAUUUUAAUAAUUGCUCAUGGCUAACAAGCUGAAGGAUGACUUCAGUCAGUUAUGUUUACAGUAUAUUGUUCCAAAAUCAUUUAAAGUAAACAAUGAACAAAAUUUGGUAUUUAUUGUAGAUGUGAGUCUACUGUAGCACACCAGCCUAACAGUUGUAUGCAAGAUCUAUGCUGUAAAAAAAAUGCUGGAUUCCACACAAAUUAUUUGUGUUAGGACAACUUCAGUGUGUAAAAACAUGAACACAUAAUCUCCAGGAAAUACAUAUCUUUUUGCUCACAGAACCUGAACAAACUGGAACUGCAGCUCCUUCAUUCUAACAGAAAAUCUCCCAAAGGGCAUUUCAUCCAUUAUUUAGAAACACAAUCAGUUGUGCAUUGGUGAAUAUUAUGAAAUUGUUGACUCUGAUUUAUUGUUUGCUGAAAUUCUUUGUGGGCAGAUUGUGUUUUUCUGGACCACCAUGUCAAUAAUGACUUAUUCUAUUGACCUGACAGCACUUCUGAAGAUUUAGGACAAAUAGGACAUAUCAAUGGAGCCAUUUUUUAAGUAACAAUAUUUGACAUCCAUUUGUUUUUUAUUCACAGAAUGAACCCUACUCAGUCUCACUUCCAGCUUCUUCCAACCAAAAGUGAAUAAUUGUAUGCAAAAUAUCUAAUUUCAUUUUAUAAUGGUAUACAAAGCGAUCUUGUCUAUGUGAAACAACGGAGAGUAAGCCUGCAAUACUUGAAUAAUUAAUUUAUGGUAAUUAAAUAUUUAUGC